GUCGGCCGAAAUAUGAGUCAGUGCAGGGAAACCCCGCACAGAGUCGGCAUUGAGGAGUCGGCGACAAGGCGACCCUAACCUAACCUCGAAGCGCCUAUACACCAAUCAGUCGACCAGUGGCAGUGCAGUGGUUAGCAUGUGGUAUUGUUGGGUGACAGUGUUGGCUGUUCUCGCUUCGGCGACCUCAUCUUCAGCUAUUUAUACGUUAUGUGUGCUGCCGAAAACUCCCAGCUACUAUUCUGCAGCUCAGAUCUGCGAGAAGCUUGACACCACUCCGUUUCGGUGUAUCAUUGGCGUGGACAGGCUCGACUGCAUGAAGAAAGUCAGUUUGAAUGAAGCAGACUUUGCAGUAUUUGAAGCUGAAGAUCUGUUGAUUAGUGCGGAUGAUGUGCACUUAACAGACGUUCUGAUCACUCAUAGGAUUCACGCUUCUGAACAAAAGAAAUGGGAGUAUGGAGUCGUAGCAGUGGUGUCCAACAAAGCUAACAUAUCACAGCUGUCUGAUCUGAAGGGUAAAAGGUUGUGUCAUCCAGGCAACAACCCGUUCUCCGCCAACUAUGACUGGAGUGAGGUGUUCUCAUUGUAUUUUGAGAAUCGUGUUGCUCCCCAACUCUGCGACAAGGGGGUCUCAGUUGAAGAAAAUCGCAUUAAAGCCUUAGCAGAGUUCUUCGGAGAAUCUUGCAAAGCUGGAGUGUGGGCUGCAGACCCUGAGAUCGAUGCUCAACUUAAGAGUCGGUACAAGAGCAUGUGCGGUCUGUGUGAUGUGCCCAGUGUGUGCUCUCAGAGAGACAAGUACUGGGGCCGACAAGGUGCUCUCUACUGUCUGUCCGACUGCCUGGGUGACAUCGCUUGGUCCAUGCUGAAAGAUGCAAAACUACACUUCAGUCAAGUCGGAGUCUCUGUGUGUGAAGAUGUCAGUCUGCUAUGUCCUGAUGGCUCCACGAAACCUUUGAAUUCGUCAGAUCCUUGCGUGUGGGUGACAAGACCUGUACCUGUCAUUGCUGCAAAAAGAGCAAAAGCUGAAGACAUUCAGAAAACGUUGAAGCAAGUCCUGGCAAUGCCUGACACUCCUGAUGACUUCAUAAGAUUGUUGGAGUCAAAUGUGAUGGUCCCACCGUUGGAACUGACACCCUCUUUUGACACCGAAUGACUAUUUAGCAAGCGCUCCUGGAUACCUGAGUGCCAACGCCAUGUCAAUAUGUGGCCAGGGCGCACGAGCCGUCAGUGUUUGCGUCAGCACUUUACAGGAUAAGAUUAAGUGCGACUGGCUGUCUUCCGUAGCUCGAGUGUACGGGUUGCAGCCAUCACUGUCCUGUCUGUAUGGUGCAGAUUGUCUCUUCUCUGAAUCCAAC